GAGUGAGUGAUGCUAGGCAGUUGUUAGAUGUAAUGGUUAAUAAGGAUCUGAUGCCGGACUUGAUUUCAUUCAACACUCUAAUUUACGGUUACUGCAGAUUUGGGGACUUGGAUGUGGCCAGGCGGAUAAAAGAUGAAAUGAUCAAACAUGGGCCUAAUCCUGAUGUAUUUACGUAUACAAUUCUUGUUAGAGGAUUUUGCAUUGUGGGGAACUUGCCAAUGGCUAAGGAUUUAUUUGAUGAGAUGCUACAUAGAGGAUUGCAGCCAGAUCGUUUUGCAUACAUAACUCGAAUAGUAGGUGAGCUGAAGCUUGGUGACCCAUCUAAGGCUUUUGGUAUGCAGGAAGAAAUGAUUUCCAAAGGCUUUCCUCCUGAUUUGAUUACAUAUAAUGUCUUUAUUGAUGGGCUCCACAAGUUGGGAAAUUUGAAAGAAGCAAGUAAACUUGUGCAGAAAAUGCUCUACGAUGGAAUCGUUCCAGAUCAUGUAACUUAUACUAGCAUCAUCCACGCUCACUUGAUGGCUGGGCAUCUUAGGAAGGCUAGAGUGGUGUUCAAUGAGAUGUUGAGCAAAGGGAUAUUUCCAUCAGUUGUCACUUACACAGUUCUAAUUCAUUCAUAUGCAGUUAGGGGAAGGCUGGAACUAGCUAUUUUGCACUUUAUUGAGAUGCUAGAGAAGGGUGUAUGUCCAAAUGUGAUCACCUACAAUGCCUUAAUUAAUGGACUUUGCAAGGUGAGAAAGAUGGACCGGGCAUACCAUUUUUUUGUAGAAAUGCAAGCAAAGGGCAUUUCUCCAAAUAAGUAUACUUACACUAUUUUAAUAAACGAGAACUGUAACUUAGGCCAUUGGCAGGAAGCUUUGAGAUUGUAUAAGGAUAUGCUAGAUAGAGAAAUUCAGCCUGAUUCAUGCACACAUAGUGCCCUGUUGAAGCAUCUAAGCAAAGACUAUAAAUUGCAUGCAGUUUGGCAUCUUGAGAAUGUUAUUGCAGGAUGUGAAUGAACUUAUUGUGUAAGGAUGAAGUAUUGAUUAUUUGUUAUGCUCAGUUUGGCAUUCUCACACGGCUAAUGAGUAAAACACAUGCCUACAUUUGAAUGGGUUUUUACCCUUUGAGGUUUAAAUUCUUUGGACUGAAUAAUAUAUAUUUUUCGACUCUCAAGGUUGAAGAUGCUUAUGGUGUUCCUGAUGAUUAAGAUGGCAGACGUCAACUUUUUACACGUCUUGACAUAGUAUAUCCUCAGACUAGGUAAUACUUGGGAGGAAUUGGGAAUUUGUUAGUUAAGGUUCAAAGAUCUGUAACGUUGUGCUUGCAAGGCUAGAGGUAUACCUCUGAAGCUCAAUCCUUGUCAAGAUAUUUCAAACAAUUUUGAGAUAUCUUAACACAAAUUUUAAUUCAUUUUUCUUAGUCUAUUGUGGGUAAAGGGAAUAUUUUGACGUGAUAGUGCAUAUUCUUUGCAUUAAAGUUUUAAUUAUUUUUUAAGCCUAGUGAUACACCUUUUUUUUUCCAUCACAAUUUGUACAAUGAAAGGAAAAUAAAAGACAGACCUUUUGUAGUUC